AUGACGCAGCAGCAAGCGACGGGGGCUGCUGCAGCAGUUGGCGGGGGGCCCUUGGGUGCCCCUGCAGCUGCGGCUGUAGCAGCUGCUGCAGGUGCAGCAGCUGCUGUUGGUGAUGUUGAUGUUUCUGCUGAGCUGCGGAAGUGUCUUGCUUCGUUUCGCCAUCUGAAGCAGCUGCUGCUGUCUGGUGGGACGAGUCCGUUGCUGCUGCAGCAGUUGCUGCAGCAGCAGCCGCUGCAGCAACGCAUCGUAGCGCUGCGCUCUUCUUUUCUUUCUUCUGUUGACAGAGCACUGCCUCCUUCUGUCUCUGCUACGACCUGCAAAUCAUUGCAGCAGCUGCAGCAGCAGUGGGCGGAUGCAGUGCGUGCCUCUGUCCCUGGUGCUUCAGCCGCAGCAACAGGAGCACCCCAACAAGGCAGCAGCAGCAGCAGCAACAACAGCAGCAACAACAGCAGCAGCACCGCCACCGCCCCCAAUACGAGCAGCAACAGCAGCAGCAGCAGCAGUAUCCCUUGUUCCUGCUGCUCUGUUCCGUCUGAAGCAGUGCUGUACGAGCUGCUGUCUGCCUACGUGCUGCGACACCACAGCGGCCAGCAGCAGCUGCUGCUGCCUUCCUUCGAGGCCUCUCAGCUGCGCGAAACAAUAGAUGUAGCAAACCCUCAGGUCUUUAGAGAGCUGCGAGAUGUGCUGCAAGAUGAGCAGCUAUGCAUGCUCUGGUGUAUCCACUUCAUUUGCAUGCAGGCUGCUGCAGCCAGCAGCAGCAGCAGCAGCAGCGGGGGCAACAGCCCUACGCUGCAGCAGGUUUGUAAGGAAUUCGCCACUAUGCUGCUGCAGCAGCAUAAACUUGAGACAAGGCUGCUGCAGCUGUACACGCAGCUAAAUGAACAGCCAGACCCCACAACUUGUUUAUUUAGGCAGCAGCAGCAGACUGCGCAGAGCAGCGGCAAGCGCAGCAGCGGCAGCAGCAGCAGCAGCAGCAACAGCGGAGCAGCAGCAUCAGAUGCUGCUGCUGCUUACGAGCUGCACGAGCUAAUUCAAAUGAGGGAGACCUUGCAGCUGCAGGAGGCGGUGGUGCUUUGUCUUGCAGCAGCAGGUCGGGCUGCGCGUGCCCUGGGCAGCAGCAGCAACAGCAGCAGCAGCAGCAGUUGCUGCAGCGAGAGUUUGUAUCGUUUCUGUUCUCUUGUGUAUGAAGACAGGCUCUGUGGGGCCCUAGCAGCACGCAGCAGCGAGAGACGCUCGCUGCUGCAGAGCCGCAGGCUGCUGCGGCAGGCGCAGCAGCUCGGGGGGUCUUGUGCUGUUGCUGCUGUUUGCGGAAUGCCGCUGCAGCAGAUCUUGGAUAUCUGCAGCAGCAGCAGCAGCAGCAACAGCAGCAGCAGGGAUGCACUCCUUGCAUUUGUUGAAGGGCCCCGCUUUGCUUCGCUCCAUAGGGACGUCAUGAGCAGCAGUCUCGAGGGUCUCCGCGAGGCGCUGCAGCAGCAGCAGCAGCAGCAGCAGCAGGGUGGUGCAGCACACGCAGCUGCCUUUUCACAAGGCGGUGAGGUGUACGAGGACCUCCUCUAUAGCUGCUACAUCGAGCACCCCACAGCAGCUCCCGUGCUGCUGGCUGCUCAUGCUGCUGCUCUUGCGGGGUAUAAGAAGAUACGCAGCAGCAGCAGCAGCAGCAGCAACAGCAACAGCAGCAACAGCAACAACAGCAGCCUUACAGAUGAAGAGAUCGAUUUGUUUGUUUCGCAGGCAGCGGAGUUUGUGAUGCCUUUGUUGCCGCAUGCGCUGCAGCAGCAACUGCUGCAGCACGAAUUGCUGCAGCAGCAAAAGCAGCAGCAGCAGCAGGAUCCAGUGCAGCAGGAGUUUGCUACCCAGCUGCUGCUGCUGCUAGAUGCUUGUCUUGCAGUCUUUCCCUUAAAGGACCUGCAAUGCCACGAGCUGUCUGUACACUGCGCGUGCGAGCUGCUGGCGCUGCUGCCGAAGCAGCGGCGACGCCUUUUCUGUUUGCUGCAGCAGGAGGGCCUCUUUGCCUCGCAGCAGCAGCAGCAGCAGCAGCAAGACGAAUGCUGCAGCAGCGGCCUGCUGCGCCUGUUGAGAGCGUACAUCGCUUUGUUUCCCUAUGGGGUAAACCUCACGCUGCAGCUACUCACAGCCAUUCUCCCGCAGCCGCAGCAGCAAGAGCAGCAGCAGCAGCAGCAGCAGGGGGGGGGUGAAGAUACCGACUGCGAUAUAAUUGACAUGGGCUGUCCCCUGCAGUUUUUGCUGCUGCUGGCGCAGCCCCUUACCUCUAUGCUGCUGCCCCCUAUCGAAGGUUUGGUCUUCGCUUUGAACAGCAGCAACGAGCAGCAGCAGCAGCAGCAGCAACGCGAGACCUGCAGCGGCCUUACAACAGACGCAGGUGCUACAUAUAUUACUGCGGCUCCCACCCCAAUUGAGCCCUGCCUGGCGAUGCUGCUGCAGCUUGACGCGCAGCAGCAGGGCCCCCAGCAGCAGCAGCAGCAAGCUGGAUUUGAUGCUGCUGCAGCAAACGGAGGCGUCAUGUGCUGGUCCUUCAUUCCUUCUGGCUCAAGGGGAGAAGCAGUGCAGCUGCCGCUGUGGCGCUUUGUGCAGGCAGCAGCAGCAACGGAGGCAACACUGCAGCAGCAGCAACUGCAGCAGCAGCAGCAGCAGCAGCGGCAGCAGCAACUCCAGCAACAGAAGGAAGACGACCAAGACAAUGCAGAGCAACAAGGAGCUGACCCGUGGAUGACCCCUACUGUGAGGCCGCAGCUGCCGGAGAAGCAGCAGCAGCAGCAGCAGCAGCAGCAGCAGCAGGCCUUCUGGUCCCUGCAGAUUGACGGCUGCAGAUUGGAGCCUGUCAGCCUACGCCACCCAGUCGCUAGCAGCAACAGCAGCAGCAGCGGCAGCAGCAGCAGCAGCUGCAGCAGCAGCUGGUGCAAGGACAAAACCAGCAGCACCUUUGCAGUGCGCUGGCCCCUGACUCCCAGCAGCAGCAGCAGCGGCAGCAGCAGCACUCGGCGCCGUUUCUCUCUGUUGAAGGCUGCUUGGCUGCUGAUGGAUUUAGGGCUGCAGCACCAGACAAGUGCUGCAUGCGAUGCUGCUCUUCCUCCUGCUGCGUUCAAGGCCUUCGUUGCUGCUUGCGGUCUAUGGGCUCGCAUCGCUGCCUGGCCUGCUGCUGCACGGGCUGCAGCAGAAGCUUUUAUCGCGUGUGAAGUGUAUGGACACUCUCUGGAGAGUGCUGCUGCAGCAGCAGCAGCAGCAGGAGACAGCGCACAGGAUGCAGCAGGAGCUGCACCCUUCUUGCUGCUUCCUCGAUUUUAUGCCCUGUCUUGUUUAGCUGCUACCCGCAGCCAACUGCGUUUGCUGCUUCCUGAGGCUCUCAGUGCACUUAGGUGCUGCUUGUUGCCGUGCUACGUGGUGGACGUCGAUAGAUGUCUCCUGUUCCUGCAGCAGCAGCAGCACCAGCAGCAGCAGCAACGUGUGGCUUGCAAGUGCCUCGUGGAGCUGCCGCUGCAGCACCACGAGUUGCUGCUGGCUCCUGAACUCUUGCAUUCUGGAUGGCGUCUGCUGCAGUUUUGCUGCGCCCCGCAGCAGCAGCAGCACUCUCGCGGCAUCUUGUCUCUGCAGCAGCUGCUACAAGCCCUUGCUGCAGCAGCACAGGAAGAGCGUGAGAUAAGGACCUACACCAUCUUAAGAAGCACGCUCCUCUUUCUGCUGCAGCUGCUGUUAUCUGUGCCCCCAGUUGUAUGGACUGUCCCCUGGCAGCAGCAGGGUUUGCUAGCAGCAGCAGCAGCAGCAGAAGGACUCGAGCAGCUGCAACACAGCAAACGCCGCCACAGCAGCAAAGGUGCAGCAGCGCAAGAUGGAAACGGAUGUGGGAGCGGUGCUGCUGCUGUGUCGCUUGCUCAUGUGUACUUGCUGCCGCAGCUGCAGCAGCAGCAGCAACAGCAGCAGGAGCAGCAGGAUGGAUCAGAGGAGCUGCUGGAAGCAGUAGCGCAGCAGCAGGUUCGUGAGUUUGCUGCUAUCUGCAACUUUUUAUUCUGCGGUGUCUUCGCUCGCAUGCCUGCCUGGACCUUCCUUCACCCUGAGGAGCGCUGCAGCAUGGGGCAGCUGCUGCUGCUGGUGGUGCUGCAGCUGCUGCCGCUGCUGCACUGGGCUGCGCAGCCGCCCUCACCAGCAGGAACAGCAGCAGCUGCUGCAGCAACAGCAGCAGCAAAGACGCCGCAGAGAGCCAGUACGCAGGGCUGGACGAGAGGCUCUUGGGGCAGCAGUGGGGUGUCUGUACACCUCAAUGCCGCCUUCGAGGCAUUCAAUGGAAGCAGCGAUGCUGCUGCUGUCCGUGAUGCUGCUGUUCGCGGCUCUCAUAGGCAGCUCGAGCUGCUGGAGGCGCUGCUGACGGCCCUCGCUGCAGCAAAUGUCCCCGAUGGCAUUGCUGCUGUCUUACGCUGCAACAUCGUUGGUAAGACCGGCGCAGGUUCUGUGCAGCCUAAGGUGCCCUGGGACAGCAGCAGCAGCAGCAGCAGCAGCAGCAGCAAGGGGAGCCAAGUGCUGGUCAGCUUUUCUUGCCCCGUGCUGCGUUUCUACGGAUCUAUGGAUGCUAAUUCCUUUGCAGCUACUUCAACGCUGUCUGCUGCUGCUGCUGCACUGCUGGCUACCCCGCCGCUGCAGCUGCUGCCGCAGCUUUGUUCUUUCUCAGAGGCACCAGGCUUCUUUUCUCAGCAACAGCAGCAGCAACAGCCACACGAAGAGCUGCAGCAGCAGCAGCAGCAGCAGCAGCAGCGGCUAGUGUAUACCGAAUUCCCUCUUUUGCUGCUGCCGGACGCUGCCUUCUUAGACCCGUACACUGCAGUGGGGAGAUGGUCAGGGCACUGGAGCUGUUCAUUGGUGCAGCAGCAGCUGCCGUUUACUGCAGCAGCUGCUGCAGCAGGGGGUGCAGCAGCAGCAGCAGCAGCAGCAGCAACCUCUCCCGCUGCUGCAGUUGCUCCCUGUAGGGAGCAGUCGCAGUGUGUUGUCCUUGGGGCCUUCGAAGCUCUACACCACAUGCUGCUCGCUGCAUGCAGCCCUAAUUCUUCGUUGCUGCUGCGGAGGCUGACAGCAGAAUUGCUGCGGCUCUCGCUGCAGCAGCAGCAGCAACCAGGCAGCCUGCUGUCUCCUUCGGGGGGCGAUGGCCUCCCAGGGCACCAAGGAGACCUGCUGGCAGCGCUGCAGCAGCAGCAAUUCUUGUCUCUGUUGGCGUGCAGCGGCAUUAGCUCGGGCGACUGUAUACUCAACAGCAGCAGCAGCAGCAGCAGCGAUGCACAGGGGCAAGCGGAGGGGCUGCAGUGUGCAGCAACCUUCGCUCAAUCUGUCUUUGCUUUUGUAGACUCCCGAGUUAAGGUGGCGGCUGUCUCCGUCCUCACGCUGCUCUGUCUCCUCUGGAAGCAGCAGGAGCUGCUGCAGCAGCAACAACAGCAGCAGAAGCAGCGGCAGCUGCUGCCUCAAGCUGGUCGACCCGCAGCGCAGCAGCAGCCACUCACCCACCUGAAGCGGUGGGACGGCAUCUGCAGCAGCAGCAGCAGCAGCAGCAGCAGUGCAGCGCUGUGUCUUGCUGCUGCCCUUGCAUUUGAGUCCGACGAACUGCAGCUGCUGCUGCAGGACAAGCAACAACAGCAGCAGCAGCCAGACGCGGGGAAGAACAGCAGCAGCAGCAGCAGACGGUGGAUUCGACGGCUUUACACGGACGACCUUGUGGGUCGGCUGCUGCGACAUUUAUAUGCAAAGGAGCAGCAGCUACUCGAGUACAGACUGCUGCUGCUGCAGCUAGUAUUGCUGGCGCUGGACACGCAGCAGCAGCUGCUGCUGGCAGGCGAGGAAUCGGCCUUUGCUGCUACCGUGCAGUUCGCGCAGCAGGUGCUGCUGGAUGUGCUGCAGCAGCAGCAGCAACAGCAGCAGCAAACGGGCCUUGUGCUGGGCCAGGUGAAGACAAUAAGAUUGGCGCUACUGCUGCUGCAGCAGAUUACCUGCGUUCACAGACCAAGGGCGUCGCUGCAGCAGCUGCGGCAGCAGAGCAGCAAGACGGGCCUGGAGGCGCUUCGUAGCAACAGCAGCAGCAGCAGCAGCAACAGCGGUGCAGCAGCAACAGAUACAACAACUGCUGCAGCGAAUGACACUCCUCGAGGCCCUGGGGGGUGGGUUUUGCUGCUGCAGACGGGGCAGCUGCUGCUGCAGCAAUGGAAGCAAAUGAGUUGGGGGCGCUCCCGGGCUUGGCUUGCUGCUGCAGGAGAUCAGCUGAAGAGUUGCUGCUCCGUGCAGCAGCAGCUAGCGUUGAUGCAGCAAGAUGGCGGGCUCUGGCCUCUGCAGCAGCAGCAGCAGCAGCAGCAACUCCAGCUCCACGCAAAGCGAAUCCAACCACUGAAUGCAGCAGUUGCAUGCAGCAGCAGGCUGCUGUCUGCUGCUGCAGUGGAUCUUCCGCUGUAUGCGCGCUGCGAUGGCAACAGCAGCAGCAAUGGCAGCACCCGGAGCAGCAGCAGCAGCAGCAGCAGUGCUGAGGAGCAGCAACACGAAGACACAGAUGAUGAGGAUGCAUGCGCCCAGCUGCUUGCUGCAGUUGAAAUCUGUGGGGCGCUGCAGUCACUCUGCAGCAUCGCUGGCUCGCAGCUGCGCUUCCUGCCUACUGCUUUGCGCGACAGCAAGAGCAGCAGCAGCAGCAAAGGCAGCAGCAGCAGCAGCAGCAGCAGUCACCACUACAAUGACUUAGUCGACUAUGAGGCCUUUUUUGAUUGCCUAGAGUUCCUGUCUUCAGACCAAGAGCUCCUCGAGGCGCUUCUUCCCCUGCAGCAGCAGCAGCAGAAGCAGCAGCAGCAGCAGCAGCAGGAGGAGCAGCAGCAGGAGAUUAAUCCAGGGUUGGUGCCUUUACAGUGUGCAACGGAGUGCUGGAGUGGGCUGUUGGAGGCUGCGCCUCAGGUGUACAGGGAGCUUCACGCGUCAGGAGGAGCAGCAGGUGCUUCUGCUUGGGGCUUCAGCAACAGCAGCAGCAGCAGCAACAGCUGCAGCAGCACCGAGCAACAGACAGGAGACGCGGAAGAUGCCUUCUUGCCGCAAGAUGUGGAGAGGGCCAGCGUCUGCCUAGCAGAAAGGAGACAGUACGGUGUCUCCUUUGGGCUUGGAGGGAGACAGCUGCUGUUUUUGUCUCUUCACUGCAGCCUGCAGCAAGAGCGCCUGCUGCGCGCCCGUCUAGGCCCCGCGGCUCUGCUGCUGCAGCUGCAGCAGCAGCACUCCCUGCUGCAGCAAUCUGUCUGUACACCAUGGAUGCUCUCUGGUGCAGCUUCCAGGGCCUCUGUGGGGUUGUCGCUCGCUGAGGCGCAGCAAUUGCUGCUGCAAGGCUACACUAAGCUUUUCCUUGCAUGCAGAGAUGCAGCAGUAUAUCCACUCUACAUACCCCGACCCUGCAGCAGCAGCAGCAGCAGCAGCAGCAAGAGCAGCGGGGCUUCGGAAGCUGCCCUUGCUCUUGAAAGGCCGCCUUUUUCUGCUCUGCUGCUGCCGCUGCUGUCUCUUCUUGCUGCAGUGCCGGGGGUCAGGCAGGACCUGCUGCAGCGGGAGGGUUUCUAUGAAGCUGCUGCUUUUGCUGCGCAGCAGCUGCUCUGCGCCAACUGGUGUACAGACAUCUGCGCCAGCAAGAAGGUGUCUCCUUGCAGCAACAACAGCAGCAGCAACACCCCUGCAAGAGAUAGCAACACAGCAACAGCACAGCAGCAGCAACAACAGCAGAAAGCGCAUGUCGCUCUUGAGCUCCUCCUAGGCCCCGGAGGCGUAACGUCUCUCCCUUACACUGUCCAGCCUGCUUUGCUGCAGCAGCCGCAGCUGCAGCACCCAGCUGCAGCAGCAGCAGAUUUGCUGCAACAGCCUGUCUCCGAUGGCGUGCUCUCCAUCCCUAGCAGGGAUGUGCUGCGGUCUCUCAGCUUCUGCAGCGCUCCAGCCGACAAGCAGCAGCAGCAGCAGCAGCAGCAGCAGCAACAGCCAGACAGUUUGUUGUGUGCAGCCCUUAACGGCGCUCUGGCGGUAACGGCGUUUGCUCACGAGGCGCUGCUCAUUGGGGAGGCGCAGCAGCAGCAGCAACAGCAGCAGCAGCAGCAGCAGCCGUUGCUGCAACUGGGGCGCGACUUAGGGCGGAUGCUUCCUCAGUCGCUGCUACGUCUGGCUGGUGCUGCAGCGGACUUCUUUGCUGUGGCUUCGGGCGUGUGGGCACACUUAGCACUGCAGCAGCAGCAACAGCAGCAGCCGCAGCAGCACUUGCUGCUGCAGGAAGGGCCCAGGAAGAAGCAGCAUCGACAAGAUGGAGACAUUUUGAUGUGGCAGCGGUGGCGGGAAGGCCUUGCAGAGCUGCUUUCUAAUUUGCUGCAGUGUGUGCGGCGCAGCAGGAUCCUGGCAUUACGUGCAGCAGCAGCAGAAGCAGCUGCUGCUGCUGCUGCAGCAGAAGGAGCCCCAGCAGAGAAUGGGGCCUUCUUCAGGCCGACAGACACUCAGCAAGACAUCGCUCAAGUAGAGCAGCGUCUUAGUUCGCUGCUGCUGUCUGCUGCCAGCGCCUUGCUGCUAAAUGCAACUGCAGCAGCCUUGUUGCUGCAGCGCCAGAAAUCGCUUGCUGCUGCUGAUGGGACGCAGCUGCAGCAGCAACAGCAGCAGCAACAGGGCAGUGCGCCUAGACCAACGUCUUUGGUGCCUCCGUCUCCGCUAUCCGUAUCAGGUGCGCCAACCCCAACAGCCGCAGCAGCAGCAGCAGCAGCAACAGCAGCAGCAGAAGCAGCACGUCCAGAAGCAUUAGUUGCUGCUUGGCAAGCAGCCAAGCAAGAAGUUGCUGCUGCACUCAGUGCAGCUUUAGUAGCUGUGCUGCAGCGCUGUGCCACAGAAGCAUCAGCCCUUUAUACGUACGGCAACAGCUGCAGCAGCGCAGCAGCAGCAGCAGCAGCGGAUGCCGAAACGCCUCUGGCUUUCCUGCUGCACUUGGGGAGAGACGCAGCAGCAGCAGCACCGCAAGGAAGCCCCGAGGAGCUUGAGCGCUGCAGAGGCAUUAACACGCUGUGUCUCUUUCUGUCUCAUCUCUUAACUAGCGGCUGCUGUCUCCCUCGGUGUGGUUUGGAGCAUGGGAGAGUCUCCUAUGGCGGUGGAGCUGCUGCUGCUGCUGGAGCAGCAGCAGCAGCAGCAGCAGCAGCAGCCCAAGGUAGGGUCGUUCCUGUUGCUGAGCUGCUGCUGGUAGAGGGGUUCUUUCAUCGGUUGCUGCUGCAGCAGCCACUCGUGUCUCUUGUCUCUGUCUCAAGUGGCUCUGAAGAGACAGCAGCAGCACGACCCCAGCGGUCUCCCUACGACAUUGCCUGUGCAGCAGCAGCAGCAGCAACAGCAGCAGAAGGGACAGCAGCAGCAACUCUUAUGCGGCGUUCGCCUGCUCAUCUCGCGUACUGCCAGGUCCUUCAGCUGCUGCAGCAGGUGCUUGGAGGCCUGCAGCAGCAGCAGAAAGCUGCUGCAGAGACAGUGAGAUCAGCAUUUGGCGUGCUGCGGCUGCUGCUGCCCCGUCUCCGUUAUGUCUGUGGGGCCCCCCUACAGGGGGCCCCCCUCGCGCUUGCUGAGGAGGCGCUGCUGUACGUCGGGCUCAUGCGGCAGCUGCCAUCGUGGGAGCGCACGCCAGCAGACUUGAGGGAAGUUCUUGGGGCGUGGCUAACAGCAGGAAGGCUGCUGCUGCAGCAAAGCACGAGAGCGUUAGAAGGGGCUUUGCUAGCUAGCAUUCAGCCGCUGUCUGCUUCGAGCUUGUUAGAGUGCUGCAGCGCCCAGCAGCAGCAAGGCGCCUUGGAGCGUCUGCUGCAGCAGCAAACACAAAACUGCUGCUGCGCACCCAACACAACCCUCAACAACUUCAAGAUCAAGGCGUGCUGCAGCUGUUGCAGCAGAGUUAGCGGUGCUGCUGCUGCUAGCUGCCGCUCUGGCUUGCCUUCUGUCCUGCAGCAGCGGGGGCUGGUGCUGCUGCUGCAGAUUAUCAGUGGUGUCGUCUCAGCUGUACAGACACUGCAGCUCGUGCUGCCUGUAUCUCAUCAGCUUCCGCCUCCACCAUCGCUGCGGCUGCCGCUGCAAGGCAGCAGCAGCAGCAGCAGCAGCAGCAGCACGAGGACUGCUGUGUGCGUCUCGCCGGAGCAGUACUUCCAGCUCCUAGGGCCGGACACAGCAGGGGCAAUGGCUGCAGCGCGGCGGCUGCAGCAGCAGCAGCAACAGCAGCAGCAGCAGCAGCAACAGCCGAAUGCGUCGGUCGUGCUGCAUCCGGGCUUGGGAGGAGACAGCUGGGGAGCAACAGGAGGAGACAGUCGAGGAGACAGCUGCUUGCUGCCUUCUCCUCAACCUAUCAGGUUUGGGCUGCUGAACGGGCCGCUGCUGCGUGCUGCAGCACCUACAGCCAACGAAACUGCUGCUGCUGCUGCUGCUGCAGCACCAGUGCAGGAAGAUGCAGCACUUGUGGAACUCUCACCGGAAUGGUUCGGUUGUUUGCUGCAAGCGGUGACCAGCGCAGCAUCAGUGCUGCAGCGGGCCCGAGACUUGGGGACACAGUUGGAGACACGAGUGAUGACUGCAGCAGGACAGCGGCUGCUGCCUCUUUCUUUGCUGCUGCAGCCAGAAGGGAAGCUGUUGCAGCUGCAGGAGGAGACUGCCACGCAGCCAGAGUCGACACAGAGAAGAAGCAGCGUAGCGGGGGUGCCUUCGUCAGCUGUCUCUGUGGCGGGUCUUUCUCUGUCUCAAGGAGCAGCAACAAAUGUUUUCCUCAGGCAGCGAGGAAUGAGCCCAUCGUUGAGGCGUCGGUCGCAGGCAGCAGCUGCGGUGUACGGGCGGCUGCGCCUGCGACAGAAUCCGUGUUGCUGCUGCUGCUGCAGCAGCAACGUGAAGUGUUCGGGGCAAAGCUCUGCUGCAGCACCUGCUGCAGCAGACGCAUUAUCUGUGUUUAGUCAAGGCAGCACUGGCUGUGGCUGUGCUUCUGCAGCAGCAGAAGAGGAUAGCUGCUGCUGCGACAGAGAGCUCGACGGCUUGCUGCCCCCAUUAAUUACUCUCGAGGGGCUGCAGCAGCUGCUGGAUACAACGCUGCAGCGCACAGCCACCUUGGGAGCGUCGAUCCUUAACAGCCUUGUGGGAGGCAACGUGGUGCUGCAGCACGAGGAGACGACGCGGCAGUUUGUUGCUCUGCUUGCCCGCUUAUCUCGGCAGCAGCAGCAGCAGCACACGCGCCAGAAGCUGCAGCAGCAGCAGCAGCAACGAAAGUACACAGUCAGCAGCAGCGGGCCCCUCUCUGUCGUGCUGCAGCACUCUCCAAGCAGGGGAGAGAGCCUCUUGGCCGGUGCUGCAGGAGAUUCUACUCCACACCCUUCGCAGCAGCAGCAGCAGCAACAGCAGCAGGAGCGGCGGCGGUCAAGCUUGGGUGCAGCAACAACAACAGCGGCAGCGGGAGCUGCAGCAGACACCGACAGCAGCAGCACUUCAUUCUUUACAGCGCUGCUCGAGUUCAGCAGGCGACGCCUCGCUGCACACGAAAAGAUUGUCCAGAGGUUGGGGCCCCACACUCCUCUUCUACUAGCAGCCCCCAACAUAAGCAACAAAUAA